AUGGCCCUCGACGCCGCCUUCCCGCGGGCGUCGAGCGACAGCGCCCGCCAACCCUCCCGCUUCCAGGAGGGUUCCAUGAACGACCGCGUCAGCGCCAAACCACCGCCGGAUUUCCUCGGCCCGGAUCUCGAGGCCUAUGAGCGCCAGUUCUAUGUCCAUAAUCUCACAUCACCAGCCAGCCGAGACCAUGCUGGCAAGCACCAUCGCCAGGAGCGCCCGCUGUCCGCCGAGGCUCAGCUCGGCCCGACUACUGAACACCUGUCACGCCCGCCUCUGACCAAGAAGUCGUCCUUCUUCGGCCGGCUCAAAGGGGCGCUGGGGUUCGGCUGGGGUUCAAGCAACGGCUCGGCGCAGCAGCAACAGCCCAAGGACGAGGUGAAGCGGAAACACGCCAGCCUUCAAGACCACUGCAUGCCACCUCCGCCCCAACCUACCACAACACAGCAGCAUCUUUCUAGGCCACCCCCGAGGACCUGGAAGUCGCAGUCACAGAUCAACAUCCCGCAUAUCCCCGGCGUGUUGGGACUGGAGCGCAAUGGCUCGACCGAUCGUCCGUCCCGCGAAGAAAUCCUCGAGUCCUACCAGCAGCUCAUGGCCUCUGGCUUCUUCCAAGCGCAUGCUAUCCAGUCGACUCGCCAGCCUGGCCCGCGCGGCAAUGCUCCACAGCAGGCCACCUCAGCAUCCAUACUUUCAACUUCAGCACCUGUACCACCUCCGCCAUCACGGCGGCCGCCAGCUUUACCCAGCGUUCCGUCAACAGGGGCCAGGCUCCAUGUUGAAGACGACACUGCCGCCUCGAUGUUGGCUGCUCUUGGUGCGGCUCAGAGCAACGCGGCUGGGUCUCGGACUCGUGAAGAUUCAAUGGACUGGCAGACUGAGCAGGACUCGCGAUAUGCGCUCAGGGGUCGGAAACGCGGCCGUACCGACGGCGACGAGGCCAACGGCACCGAGUCCAGCCUCGCACAACCUCUCCGAAAGAUGGCCAAGAAGCUCCGAAAGAUUCCGUCCUCGUUGACAUCGCCCAAUGCUGCUGCAGCCAUGCAUGUCGACUCAGAAGCUUCUGCCCCGGCACAGCGUGUACCCUCACUAUCCAUGGGAGGCUUGCCGUUCCCGAGUGACCGGCAGCUCCGCCCACGAGGUCCUUCCCCGGCUCUUGUUGUGCAAAAGGACUAUGCGCCGCGACGCUCUGUCUCCGCCUCUGGCAGCAUUGGUGCUGUGAACAAGCUGCGAAAACGUGCCAAGUCGCCCAGCCCCGUCAAGGCCAGGCAGCCUCCUGUGUCGCGAGGCGGCCUCGAGGCUGCAAGCUUGCGGAGCUCUAUGGAGUCCAGCAGGCGUGAGGCGGCCGAGGACCAUUAUGGAGGGGGCUCUCUCAAGGUCAACAGGCUUCGUGAGAGGAGCCGACCCGGCACUCCAGACCCGCUGGGAGCCCGGCCAGAUUCCUUCCAGAAUGUGCCUCAGGUCCCGCGAAUUCCCAGCAUCUACAAGCAGCAAAACGUGGACAUCUCUAGCACCGAGAACACGCGGCCCAGGGCAGGUCGGCAGUAUGCCUAG